UGUAAUUGCAAAAGUGAAUUUUCAGCAGCCAUUAUUCCAGUCUUCAGUGUUACAUUAAAGAUUAAUAGUGGGUUGCAUACCACCUCAUAUUAUGUAACAUUGCCACAUGACACUACGGUCUAGUGGGUGGCAGAUAUAGACCAUAAACUGACCUGACAAUCGCCAUUAAACUGAAUCAGAAGAAGAAAUAGAACCUAAAAGAGGAGCAGAGGACGACGCCAGGAUGUUCAGUUCCAGAAAAAUUAUUAAUCUCUUUUAUGAUGUUGCCUCUCCUUAUUCCUGGCUGGCAUUUGAGGUGUGUAAUGUUUUCCGCCUUUGGAACGUCAACCUCAAAUUCAAACCAACAUAUUUAGGAGGAGUCAUAUACGGCUCAGGCAACAAGCCCCCUGGAUUGAACCCUAGUAAACUUCUAUACAUGGACUCAGAUCUGACACUGCUGUCUGAAUAUUUUGGAGUCCCUAUGUUUCGACCUUCAAGCCUUCCUAAAGGUGCAUCUCAAUAA